GCCGCUGCUCCCCCGCCAGUCCCAGCCCAGUCAACCUGUGGUACGGUUCACGACGUCGUUCCGCCUCCUCAUCUCGUAGCUGUUUCUGUUGUGGACGUUUAAAUAAAACAAGGCUCUGACAUGUCUCAGAAGAUCAAGGCAGGCUCUGUGGUGGAGAUGCAGGGAGAUGAAAUGACUCGGGUCAUCUGGGAGCUCAUUAAGGAGAAGCUGAUCUUCCCCUACCUGGAGCUCGACCUGCACAGCUACGACCUGGGCAUGGAGAACCGAGACGCCACAGACGACCGGGUGACGGUUGAAGCGGCGGAGGCGGUCCGCCGCUUCAACGUGGGCAUCAAGUGCGCCACCAUCACUCCAGAUGAGAAGCGAGUGGAGGAGUUCAAGCUGAAGCAGAUGUGGCGCUCGCCCAACGGGACCAUCCGUAACAUCCUGGGAGGCACCGUGUUCAGAGAGGCCAUCAUCUGUAAGAACAUCCCCCGCCUGGUGCCCGGCUGGAUCAAACCCAUCAUCAUCGGCAGACAUGCACAUGGAGACCAGUACAAAGCCACAGACUUUGUGGUGCCCGGGCCUGGGAAAGUGGAGAUGACCUACACGCCCACCAGCGGAGAGCCAGUUAAAUUCGUCGUGCACGAGUUCGAGGGCACAGGGGGUGUGGCCUUGGGGAUGUACAAUACAGACAAGUCCAUCAGGGACUUCGCCCACAGCUCCUUCCAGAUGGCUCUGACCAAAGCCUGGCCGCUCUACCUCAGCACCAAGAACACCAUCCUGAAGAAGUACGACGGCCGCUUCAAGGACAUCUUCCAGGAGAUCUACGAGAAGGAGUACCGCGCUCAGUUUGAGGCCAAAGGCAUCUGGUACGAGCACCGUCUGAUCGACGACAUGGUGGCCCAGGCCAUGAAGUCCGAGGGAGGCUUCAUCUGGGCCUGCAAGAACUACGACGGAGACGUCCAGUCUGACUCUGUGGCACAAGGCUACGGCUCCCUGGGCAUGAUGACCAGUGUGUUGAUCUGUCCCGAUGGACGCACAGUGGAGUCCGAGGCCGCCCACGGCACAGUGACCCGCCACUACAGACAGCACCAGCAGGGGAAAGAGACUUCCACCAACCCCAUAGCCUCCAUCUUUGCGUGGACGCGGGGUCUGCUCCACCGGGCGAAGCUGGACAACAACGCAGAGCUGCGAGUGUUCUCCGAGGCGCUGGAGGCCGUUUGCGUCGAGACCAUCGAGGCCGGGUUCAUGACCAAGGAUUUGGCGAUCUGCAUCAAAGGAAUGCCAAAUGUGACUCGUGCCGACUACUUGAACACCUUUGAGUUCCUGGACAAGCUGGCAGACAACCUGAAGGCCAAGCUGUCCAACCCGCCCAAGCUGUGAUGUCGCCUCUGCAGCCUCAACACAGACACAAACACAUUGAAAACACAUGCCUCACGCACACAGAGACGUCUACACAGCGACUGGAACUAACACUGGAGCGGGGAGGAGCGAGCCCACGACUCCAGGAGAUGAAGUCAUUCCUAAAACACCGGGGGGGGGGGGCACAUCCCUGUUUACUAGACGAGAAGCCGAACCUGUGACAGAGAGAAAACACAACUCCAACAUUAACAGAGUCCAGGAGCAUCACUGGACGCCACCUGCGACCUUGUUUACCCUAAUUGCACUAGGUCCCCUGUGAAGUGAGCGUGGGCGUGUGUCGUCAGUAUUUGUCAUGUGAUCUGUGCUAGACGGGGGACAGCAUUAGUCCGAGGGGAGAGACUCGAGACCCUCACUGCCUUAUUCGUUUUGUGUCACUCUGAUCGUGUCCUACGUCUUUGUCAUGUUUUAAUAAUACCUCAGACGGCAUCACGUGUUUUAGUGGCAGGUAAAAACCCACAGCAUCAGCCUGUAGUUCACUAAUGACUCCUCUCAGUGUGGGAGCAGAGACCAUGUGAUUUUACUGUUGCAUCAUGAAACACAUAAUACAUGGACGGACUCAUUCAUAGGAAUCAAGCAUCACUUUUAAACAAAUUCAGACUACAACACUAUAUAAGUUUUUGUAUUAACACAGCUGGUAAAGAAGUGUAUUUAUUUGUCCUUCCUUCGUGUGUGUGUGUGUGUGUGUGUGCGUGUGUGUGUUGAUCAGUAUCCAGUUUGUCAUCAACACAUAUCCUGCCAAAAUGUCUGCAUCACAUUCUCCAUCUGGUGGUUUGUGAUCAACACUAUGUUCAUUCCUCUACGACUCAUAAUAAACGAGUUUUUGAAGAAA